AGAAGGAGGAGGAGGAGUUGCAUCUAAUCUGGAUUAAAGAGUCAUCUCUGCGGUCAGGAUUCCCUGUAAUGGCAUUAUGAUGAACUGAACUGGGCUGCAGCGAGCAGCGACGUCUAAACAGCAGCAGGUUGAAUGGUUUUUGUCAAGUUUGGGUGAAUUUUCUUGACAAGGAGGAGCUGUAGUGCAGGGGCGGUAAAGUUGUGUUGGGUAAUUGCUGCCACACAGAUGGAUGGAAACCGGUGAGCACCAGCAGCAGCAAACAUACUGCGCUCUGCAGCAGCAGGCGGACUGAACACUGCAGCCCGCGUUUCAUGCACGCUUCUGCAUUUAACGAUGAAAGCACCGUUCACGAAUAAACAAGGCCUUCUUUUUAAACAUGCCACAAUCAGGGUAUGUCUCAAUAAACUACCAAUUAUAAGCAGCUAGACCUACAGUUUCUGGUUUGUAUUCAUCAUGGAGGAGAGCAAGCUUAUCUUCAGCCUGGACCACCUUGAUGAAGGUCCCUCAGUCGUCUUUUCCAAAGACAAACCACUAACUCUGGAGUGUCAGCAUGACCUCAGUCUAAGAAUGAAUCUAGAGCUGAACCAAAACCCCCGCACUCAGCCCCUCUACCUGCCCCACUCUCCUUCAUCUCCAGGAUCCUUAUCUGAUUUGACAGCAUCAUCAGCAGACCUCCUCAUCUCAACUGGCUUGGUCAAAUCCUCCUCCACAGACCUAAAGCCGACGGAGAGCAGCACCCUGAGAGAUAAACCCUUCCUCAGCCUGGUCAAGUCCCUCAGUACAGAGAUCUCCCGCCGGGGUGAGCCUGACGACAAUCUCUCAAAGUCAGACUCCAAGCUGCAUUUACAUCCCUGGAAGCAGGCUACUCAUCCAAAGUUGCCAGACUAUGGGGCUGUAUCAGGGAUGCUGAGUGAAAAUGAAGACUGGGCAUCUCCUUUGUCUGCCGGCAUCAUGUCUCCUACUGAACCACGGGGCAGUUCCCUGAUUGCUGAGCUGGAGGACACCAGGAGAAGGUUUUCAGAGGCCAUGCAAGAUCCAUUGAGCAUGCUGAGUAAGAUCAUGGGGGACGAGAGCUCUGGAAACCCCAAGCAGGGUAGAGGGUCUGGUACAGGAGACUCACCAGCCUCCCAGGGCAGCUGUGAAAGAGACGGGAGCAGUGAAGAUUCUGACCUCAGAUGUAGAAAGAGAAUGGACAGUGAACACAUAACUGUGUGUGAUGCUCCACUCAAAAGACUCCAAAAAGAUUCACUGAUGCAAUCUUCAAUGUUCUCAAAACAAAACACCCAAAGCAUAGAGAAGCAUCUGGAAAUCUGCACCUUUGGGGAUGUGAUCCAAGUGGUGGAGCUUCAGAACAGAUCCACAGAGAGACAUCAUAAAAGUUACUCCUAUCCUCAAGUCUCGUUUUCAGGAUCAUCAUUGCCUUUUUACUGGCUCAUCCCCGUAAGUCUACUGGCUUACGGGCUCUUCGUUCUUCCUCUGCCUCCGUACUUGUCCGGUCUGUCCAUGGGGAUUGCAUGCGGCUUCAUAUUGGGCUUGGUGGUGGUCUUUGUGUUUGCCCCACGACGCGCCGGCAGUAGAGGCAAACAGGGGUGUCAAAGCAGGUCCAGACCCAUGAACGUGGAUCCGCUGGAUGGAAAGCUCAUGGAUACAGAGAUCAUUGAGGGCUGGAUGAAUGAGGCGCACAGCUACGAUCCUGAUACCUUUCACCCCUCCAUAAUGCGUUCAGUGUAUGUGACGCUGGAUAGCAGCCGGCUGCGCUUGGCAGAACCCCAUGCCAACAUCCCCCGGUGGGCAACUUUCAAUGAGCCACUCCACAAGUCCGUGUUUUUGCACUCCCGUACUUACCAGCUGACUAACAGUAAGGUGUCUCUGGUGCCUCCUGGUUUAGCUCGCAAGAGGAUUUGGAACAAGAAGUACCCCAUCUGCAUCACUCUGGCUGAGGGGGAGCUGGGGGUGGACAGCCUAUUGGAAGAGCAGGAGGAGGGUGAAACAGUAGAGAGGUCCACCAUCCCCAGCCAUCAGUCCUCUGUCACUCUGUAUCUGUUUGGCCGCACAGGAAGAGAGAAAGAGGAGUGGUUUCAGCACCUUCUAUCUGCCUCGAAGGCUGCAGUCCAAAGUGAAUCGAACACAGAGGAGAACGCAGAAGCACAGAGUGGAGGAGAGGCUGUAAAGGAAGGCACAGAAGAGAUUCCUGACUUAUCGAUUAAAACAAGAACGCUGUUGGACUACAGCACCUACAUGAUGCAGCCGAUUGACUCAGAUAGAUACAGUCCCAUGCCCAGCCCCAGCUGCAGUGCCAAAGGAAGCCCCUCAGCUGGCAAAAAGAUCUCCACUGAAGAUCGUGCUACUGGGAGUGAAGCUGGAGGUGACUCCGGGGCAAUAACUGAGCCAGGUGGAUGCUCUGCAGACGGCCAGCCCGCCUGGAUAAAUUCCCUGGUGGGGAGGAUUUUCUGGGACUUUCUUAGAGAGAAAUACUGGGCUGAUCAGGUGGCUCACAAAAUCCAGAAGAAACUCAGCAAGAUCAAGUUUCCUUACUUCAUGAACGAGUUGACGCUGGCUGAUCUGGACAUGGGAAGCUGCCUUCCUCAGGUCUUAACCACAUCAAAACCUACACUGGACCGCAGAGGUUUGUGGCUGGACCUGGAGUUAGUGUACACAGGCUGCCUUCAGAUGACCCUGGAGACUAAGAUGAACCUGUGUAAGCUUGGCAAAGAGGGAGAAGGUGAAGCUCACAGCAUUCCUGAGAACCUGCAAAUGGGCUCUAAGCCGAGGCUGUGUAUAUUGGCAGAUAGCGAUGAAGAGUCCUCCAGUGGGUCUUCUGAUGAAGACGAAAUACCCCCAUCUGAUCCACAGAGUUCACUAGUUGAUAAAAAUACUCCUGCAGCAGCUGAUGGGCACACAGGUGGUAGCACAGGCAGGAAAAUCCUGAGAUUUGUGGACAAGAUAGCAAAAUCCAAAUACUUCCAAAAGGCCACAGAAAAUGAGUACAUCAAGAAGAAAAUAGCUGAGGUCUCCAACAUGCCUCUAAUGCUCAGUGUGGAGGUCCUGGAACUUUCUGGAACCCUUACCAUAAACAUACCUCCUCCUCCUACUGAUAGGAUAUGGUACAGUUUCCGGGAGCCUCCAAGGUUAGACCUCCAUGUGCGCCCCAUGCUUGGAGAGAGGGAAGUCACCUUCACUCAUGUGACAGAGUGGAUUGAGAAAAAACUGCAGUGUGAGUUCCAGAAAGUAUUCGUCAUGCCCAACAUGGAUGAUUUAUAUCUGCCCCUGAUGACAUCCGGCCUGGAAAAACCGCCUGCAUCCAGCCAUUCUUCUGUGAUUUCAUCUUCCCACCAAUCUUCCAUGGAGUCUCAGGAAUACUUGUCAGAAUAGCACUACCUCGUGGCUGCAGAGCAUGUUAUGUUGAAGAAAACUAGAUGUUGUGCAUCUACUGUGAUGAAUGUUUGAAAGAGCGUUAGGAUGCAGCAGAUUGGUGGUCAUACUAAAUGACCUGGUAAUUAGCGCAGGAAAGAUGCUUCCUGAAUCCAUGCUGAACUGAAACUGUGACCUUGGGACCGUCAGAAUUGCUGGUGACCAGGAUGACUGCCCCCUUAAAAAGACCACGUUGUGAAUAAGUAAAAUAAAUGUAUUAUUCUGCAAGAAUUUUAGCCCUUCUUUCAGGCCUCCUCUGGCAGGGGUUGCGGCAUUGCCUUUAGAGGAUUUUUUUUUUCAGUGGCCCCUACGAAUAAAGCAGAGGUUAUAGUGUUAAAAAUAAAACUUCGGACCCCUAAAGUGCAAAUAUAUUCAUAUAUAUUCAAUAUUCAUAUGACACAUUUGCUUCUUGCAUUGUAGUUGUUAGAUUUAAGUGUGAACACAAGUUUUCUUCCUCUCACCAUAAAGGCUCUUUUCUCCUGGUCCGUCUGGAAGUGCCCCUGGCCGAAUUUGGAAGUGGUGUCGAUGAACUUGAGCUCAAUGGCCUCGUUGGCCCUGCCAUCACGUCUGUGUGAGCAAAGACUGUGGGAGGACACGCAUACUUAAAUGGGUUAAAAUACAAUUUUAACUUAAGUGUUUAUUAAGUAUUUAAAAUCAGAGAAAGGUUUAACAGCGUACUCCUCUGUACGUUUUGUGUAAAACUAAGUCUUCCCGCCUUUCUGAGUGUGAGGACACGUUUCUUAGGGCCAACAACGCAACCUUUCACCAUCACAAAAUCAUUAUUUACUUCACCAUAGUGGGGAAAACUCCCCUAAAGAAAGAAAAUCCAGAAAAGAAGACAAUGGAGAAAAAUAUUUUCAUUAGGACAGCUCAGGACACGUAUUGCAUUUUAUUAGGAAGAAAACUAAAAAAACACCUCAACUACCUUUAUUAAUAAACUAAUUUAUCUUUAUUAUCUGUUGUAUGAUUAAGAAACGUAGGAUAUGUUAAAAAAAGACAUACAUUUUUCAUUAAAUGUCAUGUAGGAAUAAUAAGUUACUACAUGCAAAAAUUAUCUGGGGAGGAUCAGCUUAAACACCACCGCCCACAUUUAUUGGUAUCUCUGGUAAAAAUCUGUGUAAAGAAAUUAAUAAAUAAAUCUUUCAUUGCA